UAGGAGCCGGCUUCUACAGGCAGUCACUUCCGGCCCGGGUUAUGCUCAAGCACCGUGGGGUAGAUUUUACCCAAGCAGGCACCAAGGACCCGUUUUCACUUCUCUAAUCUUCAACGUGGAGAAGGAACGAGAGCAGCGGCACAGAGUCACAUUCGUUUUGUCUUUGUGUUCAUUUUUUAUUUCGACACAGUUUUGCCCACUUAGCUUGUAUUUGUCUUGCGAUUUGAGUCCAGUAAGAGGCGCUGGUUAGCCGCUCCACGCAGACCAAACCUUCCAUCCGUUUAUUCCAUUUUCCGUCCGUGUUUGUUAGCUAGCUAACUAACCAGGCGACGGUCCCUGUCCCUCCAUCCACCCGCCGACAUGCCGGAGUAUCUGGACGACCCGUCUGUGCUCACCAAGGACAAGCUGAAGAGCGAGCUGCUGGCCCACAACGUGGAGCUUCCGAGCGGCAACCCGACCAAAGACGUGUAUGUCCAGCUUUAUCUGAAGAACCUGACCGCUCAGAACAACCAACAUGUCACGGCCACGACUCUGGACGCUUUCUCCAGCGACGAGGAGCUGCCGCCGCCCGUGGUCUCCAGCAGAAGUCGCUCCUCCGGCAGAAAAGCCACCAGGAAAACAGACAAGGUUCGACCGGACGAGCUGGAUGUGACAGUGCUGACCGACCAGGGCCUGAAGGACGAGCUGCUCAAGCACGGAGUAGACGCUGGGCCAAUAGUUGCAUCCACCCGUAAACUGUACGAGAAGAAACUGCAGAAGUUGCUGGAUGACGGUCCAGCACAGCCACCACUGCCAGAGCUAGUUCUCACAGAGAUAGAGGUCAACCACAACGGCAACUCUGAAUCCGACCUGUACAGUGACAAGGAGGAUGAAGUUACAGUUGAACCAGAGCCAGAGCCUGUGGCAGAACCUGAACCAGCUCCAGUUGUGGAGAGACCGCUGGGGAGCAGAGGGAAACCGCCUGUCACCACCCGCGCCCGCAGCAGCCAACACACCAAGAGGGACCAGUUGAUGGAUGAUGAAGAUGAUGAUGAGGAGCUUGUCCUGCAAGUAAAGCGCAGAUCCAGGAGGUUAUCCCGUAGAGCGCAGAUGGUGCCUGAGGAUCUCAGGCCUGCAUUGACAGAGCAGGGACAGUCUAACAGGAGGGUUCAACACAGGCUAGACAGUCCAGUUCAGGCUGAGCCUCCUGCCGCCUCACCCAGACCUGCUCAGCUUCAUGGAGAAGAACUGGGUCUACGUCUUACCAAACCCAGUGAGGAUUUGUCUUACAAGCCAGUGGCUCUGCUCAACACUACUCUGCUGGAGGAUCAUGAACCUUUAGGAGCAGCAGCUGUGAGCCUGUCUAAAGAACAGAAUAUACGACCUGCCACCAAGCCAUCCAGGCCUGCCAGAGUGGACCCGGUCACAUUUAGCCCCAUGUGUAACAUAUCGCCCAUAAAAACAGGAGAGGCACGCUGUUCCCUGUCAGACCAGUUUGGAUCUAAGCCCAGCAGGGUUUCUGCAGCAGGGGAGAGUGGUCCUCCAGAUGUCCUGCUGUAUAAAUGGAGGCAGCAGAAAAUGACCAGCUUCCUGUCCUCGCGCAGCCCGACAAAGACGCUCGGCUGUACAUCCACACUGUCCAAGGAUAUGUUAGUGAGACAGGUGGAGAAAAUUGCAGCCAGCGAGCAAGCCCCGAAAGUGGAGGAGAAAGACGUGCUGAAGGAGCUGUUCUCCAAUGACAUCAACAGUCCAACAGGAAUCACCGCCACCUGUCGACGACCCAUCAGAGGAGCUGCUGAUCGCCCAGUGAAGUCUAGUGACCUGUGGAACAAUGAGAACUCCCUCUUCUCUCCUAAAACCACCAAGACCACCAGCUCAGCCUCGUCCUACACAGAGAGCCGCAUCAUCAACCGAGUCAACAGCUUGCCCUCCUCCACCUCCUUUAGCUCUUCUACCGCCACCUCCUCCUUCUCCAGCUCCUCCUCCAGACCGCUGUCUGCAGCUCCCUCUGCAGUUCAGACCAAACCAGCGGCCCGCAGCAUGUCUCUAUGGAUAAAGUUGUUCCUACUGGCCAUCGUGGCUGCUUUCCUGUUCUUGGUUUACCAAGCCAUGGAGACCAACAGCAUCAACCCUUUUGGUGAUUCAGACACAGGAGUGGCCAGUGGCAGCACAGCAUAGAGAGAGCGAACACAGAAGUGUCUGAGGGGGGGAGAGAGCCCUGCCUGCUUCUAUUUUUUCAUUUUAUAAAGUGUGAAUCUUCAUUGUAGCCAUUAUGUUCACAGCGCUGUGAAAUUACCUCUGACAUUUUUCGCCAGUUUUUCCUCAAUAUUUGACCUUUGAUCUUUUUUCCUUCACUUCUGAAUCAGUUUUUAGUGAAUGUCUAAAGAGAAGUGAUGUGGUCAUUACAGUGACACGUAAAGGAUCUCGUGACACUUUGUGAAGGACUAAACCGCUUCUGCUGUCGUUGUUUAGGUCCAUUCUUCAUCUUUGACUCGGUCUGUGAGAUGACGACAAAGCCAGCCACUAAUCAGCUCUCAGAAACAAAAACAGUAGCUUUCAUAGAAAGAUGUGGACUCACUUUUUAUUACUGUUAUUUUCUUUAUGUCAUACUUGCAUGGUGCGUGUGUGAGUGUGUGUUUGUACUGAACGUGUGGUUAAGAUUUUUUUCACACUUUGCCUUAGUGUCUGUCUCUGUAAGUCAUUAACAGCCUUGAAGAUGGAGUUUGAAUCUGUAAUUUUGUUUUAUACUUUACUUGACCAUCUUUGUUAAUGAGACAGGGAGGCUUGUUAUAAUCCAAAUGCUUCAAAAUCUCCUUAAACCCUACACCAAUUUUUUCUUAAUGUUCUCUUCUAAUAAAAGUCAAUGUCUCAGUGUAUUCUACUUAAUUAUGUAUUUACUGUCACAAAUAUCCACUCAAUAAACUAUUAUGUUGUUACUGUG